CGUGUGUCCCCUGCCAUGACGCUGCACAGUGCAGGUGAGCUCCGUUGCCUGGCUCUGUCACGCCGGUGUGGAGAGGCGGGGCGCGUCACUCCUGCAGAGGAACCCACCACCAGCACCAGCACCACCACCACCAUGGCCUGCAGCACCACUGACACAGCAGCAGUCAUGGGUGAGGAAGAGACAAUUCGCUACUGGCUGUUUCCGCACCACAGCGACGGCUCCCCCAUGACAGAGGCCGGUCAGCUGGAGGCACUGAUGGAUCGCUUGAUGGCACACGUGGCCCAGCACACUCACUGCUACAUCUGGCACCACGAGGCCUUUGCUUUGCGGGUGAGGCUCUCCAGUGCCGAUGAGCAGGGAAGAGGUACGCUGGGGCCUCACCUGGCAGGAAGUACCUCGGUGGGUGAUUACCUGGAGGAUGAGUGGUUCAUUGUGUACCUGCUGCUCACUUUAACGAAGGACUUCCCUGGCCUAGUGUGUAGGGUGGAAGACAAUGACGGGGAGUUCUUGUUGGUGGAGGCGGCUAACCACCUACCGGGAUGGGUCACCCCAGACACGGCGUGCAACAGGGUGUAUCUUUACGGCGGCCAGGUUCACCUCAUCCCCGUGGCCCACUCCCCCGCCUCCCUCAGUCCCCUCCCCGCCGGCACCCCUGACACCAUGGACGCCGUCACCACCGUCGCCCGCUACCCAGACGUUACCAGAGCCUCGCCGAAGAUACAGGACGCUAUUUCCACCAAGAUCAGCGGGUACCCCGGCAAGAUCAGCAAGGAGCAACACGUGGCCCACGCCUAUGUGCCCGUGGCGGUGGCGGCGCUGCUCAGGGAGUACCCGACGCUUGUGGGUCCAGCCGUGCACGCCUUCUGCAGGAGAGACGCCAUUGAUAACAAGGUGCUAAGAGUGAUGCGACACUUCCCGCCGGAGACCAGAGUGACUACAGCAGUGCGCUUCAGCAAGGCUCUGUAUGCGCAGCUCACCUCGCAGCGCUACUCUCCUGACACACGCGUGGGAUGGGACCUGCCACACCCUUCCAACCCAAACUUCAAAGUGCACGAUAUUGGGAUGAAGCUGGCAUGUGGGUUUGAGUUGCUGGUGUGCAGUGCUGGUGGCGUCACCCCAUCCUCCACCCCCACCGCCACAGCCCCGGAUCUGCCCACCCAACCCCCUGCCGCCCCGGAUCCCCGAUGGCUGCGCUACCACAAGGCGCUCACCGAGAAGGGCUACUUUAGGGGUGAGCUGGAGGGGUCUCAGCUGUACAGGGACCUGGAGCAGAACGCGCGGCAGUACUUCCAGAGCCAUGUGGUGCAGGGCCAGGGCAGCCAAGAUGGCGACGACCUCACCCUGGGCGCCAUGGUGGUCAAGCUGCUCUCCAAAGUCAACGUGGACCAUGAGUUCUACAAGGAAAGGCAACCCCGCCUGGUGCCCCCCGAUGGUGAGGCACCCGCCCAGUCAUCAGUUUUGUCAGCAGUGGGAGAAUGUAACAUUAAAGCCAAAUGGCUACACAGUGGAAGUGAGUGCAUAGUAUUUACUGGACCACUGCUCGACUUGCCCCGCCUCCCCCUGGUCCGGCCUCACCCUGCCGCUUCCACAGAUGACGGGUGGCUGCAGAUCACGCCUGAUGCACUGGACGGCCUGCUGGAGGCCAAGUAUGGCAAGGGUGACGUGCCCCCGCGCCGCCUCGGAGAAGGAGAUGAUGGACUCGCUCUCUGCUUUCUUCGGCCACAUGGCAGAUGUGGAGGGAGCGGAGGUGCCCCAGCGGAAGAUCUCCACGCUUUCCAACCCCAAGCGGAAGAGCAGCCAAGGUGGGAGGAAGGUCUCACAUCACUCCUGGGCCAGCAUCACCUGCGGAAGGUCUCGGCACAGUCUGCGGCAUCGGACGUCUCCAACUGUUCUGAGAUGUCGUCAUUCUCCAACAAGAUUGACUUCAAUGCAGAGGCUUUCAGUGAUGCCAUGGCAAACAUCCUGGAGUCUGGAGUGCCAGAGGACGACUACUGGUGCAACUCUGAGGAUGAAUCUUCAGGCAUGAGCAGCUACGAGGGGGAGGACGGACAGGACGUGAGCCUGAGCCGCAAGUCCUCCAACACCUCCCAGCACUCGGACGGCUCCUCCUCCUCCACCUCCUCUUCCAAGGGCGCACAGAUGAGGCAGUACAUGAAGGAGAUGGAGGAGGAGCUCGCCGGCACAAAGAUCGCAGACACUCUUGCUCCUACUGCUGCUGAGGAGGACGAGUUUGAUGAUGUGGAGGACUUCUGCCCAGUCAAGGUGGACCUCCAGGCGGUGCAGGACCUGGUCAAGACGUACACGGCCCAGAAUGGUUUGCCCGGCCCGGCGUCGACGCUCCUCACUUCCGUCGGGAUGAAGCCAAAGAAUGCGUAGGCGGUGUGGGGCAGUGAUGAGUGGUAUCGCUUGUCUCUGGAAUGUGGAUAUGUUGUUUGUUAUCUUCCUUACUCACAACAAAGCCAGUCAUCCUUACUCACAACAAAGCCAGUCAUUGUUCUUGCAUGUCUUCUUCACAUGGUUAGGAGACUUGAGACUCAUAUUUUGUCAUCCUCCUUACCUUCUUCACUCACUGUUCCUUACAACAAAGCCAGUCCUUGCAUGUCUUCAGGCUGUGUUAGAAGGUGUAACACUCAUAAAUUCUGUCAUCCUCCUUACAUUCAUUCUAUAAAACUCAUAACUUGCAAAGCCAGUCACUUCUUCUCGUAAUGUCUUGAAACAAUAGAAAAACAUUCAGAACCCGGCAUUCUUAUAAUACUCUUAAAACCUCGGUCACUUAUUUUCUGUGCAUGAACUCUCAAAGCCAGCCAUUCACACUCAUCAGUCGUGUGUCUUUUGUGUUCUGUUCUUUUUAGUCUUUGUUGUAUAAAUAUCUGUUCCUAAUGCAAACUCUACUACCUCUUCUUUAUGUACUUUCAGUUUCAAACCAAUGGUUUCUGUCUGUCUGUACAUUGUCUGAGGAAAUGGGCUGCACCUUUUCCUAUAAACACAAGCAGGAGAUGCCCAAGUGUGUCUCAUCAUUGCACGAAAGAAGUAUUUAGUUAAGUUACUCUGUUACUCUUGAGACCUUGCUGCACCUCUUCUCAUAGACACACAAGGAGGUGAUGCUUCAGUCAGAUAACUUUCUACCUCUUCCUGCAAGCCAAGGGUAGCUGCCUUUCAUGACUUCUUGCCCUCCUUUUUUGCACUGCCAUCAAUUAUCACUUGACUUCCUUCCUGUAUGCUCUACACUUCUUUCCUUCCUUCAAAACCAUCAACUCUUUUCUCAAUCUGCCCUUUCAUCACUUCACUCCUUCAUGCUCUGCGAAGUAAUCUCCCUCCUUCCUUCAGAACCAUCACCUCUAAAUAAGAUAAUCUAUACUUUCUUCCUAUAUAAAGAAUGGAAGACUUUUACUUACCUAUCUAUGCAUCCUCUCUUCCUAUAUAAAAUGGAAGAUUAUCUAGCUAACUUGUAUCAAUGUUUCAACCUCUAUGUGUAAUGGAAUGAAUGACUGCCUGGCUUGCUUACAGAGAAGGACAUUCCUGCCUCUCCUAACCUAACCAGCUCACUUCUGAAAACUGGGAGCAGUUUUAAGGCCUCUUAAUAACGAUGUAUAUAACUCAUGGGCAGAACAAUGGAUUGACAAUGUGUUGGCCUUCACAGCAUCAUAGUGUCUACAAUUACGAUACCUUCCAAAAACCAUGCGUUACCUUCUAGGUCCUCUAAAAACGUACAUAUUCAAUUCCUCUAAAAGCAUGCAUAUACAAUUUCUUAUGAAAAAUCUUUGGAGAAAUUUAUAUAGGCUUGCACGUUACAAUUUAAAAGCUUUCAAAAAUGUUCAUUGCAGUUUCUGUCUGUCUGUAUACCACCAGGCUUGCAAUCCCAACACUGGGCAACACACACACACACACACACACACACACACACACACACACACACACACACACACACACACACACACACACACAUUCUUAUAUCCCUGGACCAUUUUGCGGACCACCCUACUUACACUACACCCCAGGAGCUUAGGCACACCACAGCUGGCCACACACUUCCAUAGAAAGGCCCAACAAUUUCUAAGCUUUAAAACUAUGGCUGCUUUAUUUUCUUCCUGUAUAUUUACCAAACAGUGGCUGCUAACCUUCCCCUCUUCCUGUGUGCUGAGAGGGACAUUAAUCUCUUCUCCUGCCUUCAGUAUUACACAACCUUCUGAACCAAUGAGGCAUAAGCAGGAAGAGGAUUGUUUGAUCUGCUCACUCCUAACAUCUCACAACCAUUACUGUUUCCUUCUGCCUCAACCAAAACACCUCUGAUAACAAGAGGCACAGUAAGGGUUAUUAUAUUCUUGCCUUUUGAAAACUGAAACUAACUCUAACCAUUUAUAUACUCUUUUUUGAUAUAUAUUCAAGAUUUUUUUUUUUUUUUUUAAGAUAUAUAGCAUUGCUUCAAAUAUAUUUCUUGCCACAAGUAUGCAUUGACACAAAGACUUUACAUUAGUGAUUCUGAUUUGUACUGGAGGUAGAGCACACACACACACAGUGGCUAGAAAAGGUGGGAGAGCUAACACAUUAAGGGAAAAGACUGGACAAUAAAGACAUUGAAGACGUCAGUUAGUGAAGCCAAAGAGAUGAAGAAAAGAUCAGUGAGUCAAAGAUAUGCUGGCCCUCACAAGGCUCUCAGUGAUGAAUGGUAGGGAAUGAAAAUCAAAAGAGUGGGGGGAUGGUAGAAGAAGGAAGAGAGGCAGGGGGAGGGGAUGUUGGACAGCCAGGUACAGGAGAGAAAAGGGGAUAGUUAAGGUGGAAAAUUAGACGUGUUGGUCCUGAUGAGGCUGAAAUGAGACGUCAGAUAGUGAAAUACAAGACCAAGGAACAGGAGGGUAAAGAUUUAAAUGCAAAGAAGGUCUGGAGACAAAACUGUACCAAUUGAGAGAGGAGAAGCUAAUGAAUCGAGGACAAUAUAAAAUCCCCCAUCCCCCUGCCCCCCCCUCCCCCAAAAAAAAUAAUAAAAUAUAAAAAAAACACAAAAAUAAAACCAAAUAAAAUUUCAGAGGUAGAAACAAAAACUGUACAUUGACCAACUGAGAGAGGAGAAACUAAUGAAUCUAGAACUAUUAAAUCUCCCCCACAAAAAUCAAAAACAUAUCCCAGACCUGAAAGAUCAAAACUAACCCACGACUACAUUCUGUGGUUGGGUGACGUGUGGCUCAGCAGUGAGAGUGUGAUGGGGCACCUUCAAAUGUGUGUUGUGCCCUUGUCUUGUGUGUGUGUGUGUGUUCAUUGUAGUGAGCAUUGGUUGGGGUUGUAGGUGAGGGAAAACCCAGGCAUUUUUUAAUUAUACCUUACUGUUGGGUGAUUGUGUGUAUGAGAAGAGGAUCAGCUGAACAGGGGAUAUAGAAGGUAAAGCAGGAUGAUAUAUAGAUUAAAUAAGCAUUCAUAGUACAAGGGAUAGACAAUGUGGAGGUGGCAGGAAAGAAGAAAGGAUUAAUAGAUUUAAAGUUGGGUAAGAAAAUUCACAAAGUUAGAAGAAAGAGGUUGAAUGUUGGGUAAAGAAACUUGUGAAACUUGUGAGAAAGAUGAUGAGGAAAGGAAGGAGGAACAUAACAUAACAGGAAAAAUAUAAGUGAAAGGAAGGGAGUAGAUAAAAGAAUAAGAAAAUGAAGAAAGAAGGAAACGGAGAAAAGAAGGAAGACACAAUGACAAGUUAUGAAGGAGAAAAUUAAUAAAGAAGGAGAUAAGAAGGAAGACACAAUGACAAGUUAUGAAGGAGGAAAAUUAAUAAAGAAGGAGAUAGGAGAAAAGAAGGAAGACACAAUGACAAGUUAUGAAGAAAAUUAAUAAAGAAGGAGAUAGCAAGUAAGAAAAUGAAGGAAAGGAGAUGAAGAAGGGAGACACAAUGACAAGAAAUGCAGAAGGAAAGAGAUUGCAAGUUAGAGUAAAUAGGAAGAAAAAAAAGUAAGGAAUGAAUAGAGAAACAAGAGGAGGAAAAGGGAGAUUGCAAGUCAUACUGAAUAGGAGAGAGAGAGAGAGAGAGAGAGAGAGAGAGAGAGAGAGAGAGAGAGAGAGAGAGAGAGAGAGAGAGAGAGAGAGAGAGAGAGAGAGAGAGAAUA